CGGGAAAGGCCCCACCUUGCCCCUCCCCAUUCUCACCUCACCCUCUGCAAAUCUGACAGGCACGGGACAGGAGUAGGCACCAAGACCUUUGCUGCUUUGCCUUGCAGCCUCCCCAGGUCCCUUGCGGGCCCCUCACCCUUCUAGCUCACAGCUGGCCCCCUGUAGGUACAGAAGGAUGACUGACUGCUACCGCCCCCCAGGGAACGAGACGCUGCUGAGCUCUCCAGCCUCACGGGCCACAGGCACUGCCUUCCUGCUGCUGGCGGCGCUGCUGGGGCUGCCGGGCAAUGGUUUCGUGGUGUGGAGCUUGGGGGGCUGGCGGCCGGCGCGGGGACGGCCGCUGGCGGCCACUCUCGUGCUGCACCUGGCGCUGGCCGAUGGCGCCGUGCUGCUGCUCACGCCGGUCUUUGUGGCCUUCCUGGUGAGGCAGGCGUGGCCGCUGGGCCAGCUGGGCUGCAAGGCCGUGUACUACGUGUGCGCGCUCAGCAUGUACGCCAGCGUCCUGUUCACCAGCCUGCUCAGCCUGCAGCGCUGCCUCGCCGUCACCCGCCCUUUCCUGGCGCCCCGGCUGCGCAGCCCGGCCCUGGCCCGCCGCCUGCUGCUUGCCGUCUGGCUGGCCGCGCUGUUGCUCGCCGUCCCGGCCGCCGUCUACCGCCACCUCUGGGGGGACAGCCUGUGCCAGCUGUGCCACCCGUCGCGGGCCCACGCCGCCGUCCACCUGAGCCUGGAGACUCUGACCGCUUUCGUGCUGCCCUUCGGGGUGGUGCUCGGCUGCUACAGCGUGACGCUGGCGCGGCUGCGGGGCGCCCGCUGGGGCUCCGGCCGGCACGGCACGCGCGUGGGCCGGCUGGUGAGCGCCAUCGUGCUGGCCUUCGGCUUGCUCUGGGCCCCCUACCACAUGGUCAACAUUGUGCAGGCGAUGGCCGCGAUGGCGCCACCCGAAGGGACCCUGGCGAAGCAGGGCGGUGCGAGCCAGGCAGCGAGAGCCGGAACCACGGCUCUGGCCUUCUUCAGCUCCAGCGUCAACCCAGUGCUCUACCUCUUCACCGCGGGGGAUCUGCUGCCCCGCGCAGGUCCCCGCUUCCUCACGCGGCUGUUCGAGGGCUCUGGGGAGGCCCGAGGAGGCGGCCGCUCCAGGGAGGGGACCAUGGAGCUCCGAACUACCCCUCGGCUCAGAGUGGUGGGGCUGGGCCUGGGCAACGGAGACCCCGGGGGCGGGGCGGCCAAGGACAGUCAGGAAUGGGGCCCUUGACACCAAAUCCUGCUCUUCCCUGUCCCCUUCCAUCACCCCUCAGAACUCAGCACUCGGGGGCGUUUGGGAAGCCUCUGACCAGUUUGGAACUGUGGGGGCAGAAUUAUGCACCUGGGGCAGGCCCAGGUCCUCCAGACUGAGGGAUUGCCAGGGGUGAUGGUUCAUGCUAAUGAAUAUUGUGCACUUGCAGGUUGGCAUGUGCCCAUGUGCCAGAGCUGCUAAUUUGUUGCCAAUAGUCAUUGUGAAAGACCCGUGCAGCCGUUACACCAUGGCUUAAGUGUGCUCUCCCGAGGGUCAGCAUGCCUGAGGUGUACUGAAGCCACCUGGUUUCCCUGCGGGGUCAGGACGGCUGGGCAGCGGCAGCCUUCAGUGGCAUCUUGACCCGUCCUCCCCAGCUCGGGUGGCCUACUUCCCUCAGGCCAUACAACCACUCUGUAAAUCAAGGGAGAAAGAGGAAAGAAAGGUAUGGGUGCUUGGGUGUGGGCUGCGGAUGGGAUCCGUUCUCUGGGGUCUAUAAGAGCCAAGAAGGGGGUGGGGGUGGGGAGACUGGCCCUGGCAGGUGAAAGUCAAUCUGUGGGAUUGAAAGGAGAGUUUUCCUGUCUGCCUUGUGGUUGGUGCAGCGGGGGAGGGGCCCUGGGAGUCUGAGACUUAGCUUCCUCUUUGAAUCCACCUCUCCCCCCCAAGGUCACCUGACUCAAAAGGAGCAGGCACUCACUUAGCCAGAGGACGUUUGGGGCUUGGGGAUGAGGGAGUAUGAGGAAGAGUGUGGGUGUCUGGAGGACAGGAAGAAUUUUUCAGGGAGGUACCACCUCUCCUUUCUCCUUUUUCUCUCUGCCAAAUCUUGACUCCUCCUGACGGCUAGCUGUUCCUCAUCUGUCCUCCCCGAUAUUUCCCAGACCCCGUCUUUUGGAAUUUCUUUACCUCUAGGCCUCAAAACUGUUCUGGAUCCUGAUACUUUUGUGUGUGUUUUUUGGAUCCUCAUACUUUUGAAUUUGGGGUGCAGGAUGGAAUUCUUUUUAGGAGGACAUCCACGUGCACACACAUGUGGUUACUAGGGUGACCAACUCGCGGUUUUGUCAGUGGAAGCCUUUUAUCCCGGUCUCCUAAGUCCCUGGCAAACCAAGAUGGUUGUUAAGUUCUGGUCAACCUGACUGUUACCCCAUGUUCUGCCUUAGUGACUGUUCACACCACCCAGGUAGAUGCAGACAUAGCAAAGGAAACCCAGUCCUCAGGGUCACGCCAGGGCCACCAAAACGGGUUGGGUUGGGGUUGGAGCUCUGGACUUGGGGGACAGGUAUGCUUAGAGUGUCUAGUCUAGGGUGGAAGAAGGAAGGUCACUGACAGAAUGGAAAUGGGGAGCAGCUUGGGAGAGGAGGCAAAGACUGUCCAGUUUGUGUCAGAAGGAGCCUCUGAUUGACCCCAGAGCUUCUUGCAGAGGCUUCCUCUUGUCCUCACGCAUGGGGGAAGAGGGUCCCUAACUUCCUCUGUUACAUAUUUCCCGACUCACACACCCUCUGUGGUCAGAAAGCUCUUCCUCAACUCUG